CGAAGUUCGAUGAUGGCCGUCCGGGUCUCAGACUACACGAUGCCUCACUACAUACGGUCGAAGCCUACUCAGCUUGGUUGCCCAGGUCGUUGUGGCCCGGGCUCCGCAUAGGCAUUUUGGCGCAAGCCACGAAACGGUUCAAAGGCUCAGUGCUCAGGCGCGUUCAUACAAUCCCGUAGACCUGCAGGACACUCCCCACCUGCACACCAGUCCUCUGCUAACUGCUAUACAGUAUACUACACCGUGCACCCUCCGCGGCGCACUCAUGGCGACCACCUGCCCCGGCGCCGCCCUCGGCAGCCUGCACUGCCGGCGGCCCAGGCCCCCCGCGGGCGCCGACCGCGUGGGGGCACUGGCCCAGGACACGCUGCGGCUCUUGGAGCUCGCGAUCUCCGACCUCCGGGGCGGCGAGGCCCGCGCGGCCGGCCCGGCCCCGCCGCGGCUGGCCGCGGAGCCCACCCGGCCGGCCCCCUCGCGGCGGAGCCCGGCGUCGAAGCCGUCGGGGGCCCGGCGCCAGCCACGCGGGCCGCCCCCGGCCGCGGCCGCCGCCUCCGCGGCCGCCGCGGCGCGCGGCGCUCGCCUCCGCGCCCGCGGGCCGCGCCUUCCGCCCGCCGCCCGGCCUCGCGCCGGCCUCCGCGCCGCCCGGCCUCGCCCCGCCCGGCCUCGCCUGGGCGCCGCCGGGCCUCGGGGCGCCGCCCGGCCUGGAGCUCCGACUCGCCGACGAGAAGAUGCUCCAGCAGUGCGCCAGCGCCGAGCACUCCUGGGAGGUGGCCUCCACGUGCUCCGGGGGCGCCGAGUCCGACUCCUCGUCGGCGCCGACCACGGCCAGCGAGCCCAGGUGGCUGCUGCCCCCGCGGUGGGCGACGGAGGCCGCCUGAGAGGCGGCGUGAGCUUCGGGGCCCCGGUAAUUAUAGACACAUAACGCGCCUGCAGGGCGCCCUGGCGCCCGCCUCGCGCUGGCCGGCGCUGGCCGCCUCCGCCUCCGCGCUGCCUCCCUCCCCCCCCUCAGACUCAGGCCCUCCCUGCUGCCCCGUGGCGGCUUUCCUGGUGCCCCUGCAGCCCUUCUUCGUGCCCCUGCGGUGCCCCACGUGGUGUCCAGGUGGCACCCCAGGGGCGGCCCUGCUCACGUCGUCUCGCCCUCGCCCGCCGUCCGGGCCGACCCGUCUCGUGGGUCUCGCGGGUGGCUCUCUCUGUCUGCCUCGUGCUCCAGGCAGCACGCCGCCGUCUGCAACCGCACAGAGUCCAUAUUCAAGGCGAGGCUGGAACAGUGCCCCGUCUUCAGGCCUACAGCUCGGGUCUGACAGCGCACGCCACUCUGCCUUCGAUGCGAGCCGGGGCUGGAACAGUGCCCGGCCGUUGCUUUUUUCUCGCCGGCCAGCAGCUCGGGUCCAGCAGGCGCGCCAUGCCGCCGUCGAUGCAGA